AUGGCAGAAACGCGGGACAAGAUACGUUGCCCAGUCGUGAAUAUCGCUGCAGCUGGUGAUACUGUUCUAGUUGUCGGGCCGGAAAAGCUGAGGCUCCGCGUGCAGUCGCUUGUCCUUAAAGCAGUCUCGAAACUACUAGGUACCAUCUUGGGACCCGACUGGAAGGAAGGCGAUGAUAUACGCGGUGCGGGUCUUCCCGUGGAAAUACUGCUGCCCGAAGAGAAUGCGACUGCGCUGAGAUGUAUUUGUGCAGUCUUGCACCAUCAGGUCAAAUUGAUACCUCAGAUCAUGGCUGUAAAUGAUAUUCUCAGAAUCGCUGUCACGGCGAACAAAUUCGGCGUUAUUGACGCUUUGGCUUUUGCCAGUGAAUUCUGGCUGUGCCCUCCCAAUAAGGGAGCUAGUGAUCUCAUUGUUCUUGCGGCUGCGGCAACUUUGUUUAAGAACAUACAGGCAUUCAGAGACAUUACGAAGGCUCUGAUUCUCAACUACGGUGGCUUUUACCUUGACCUUUCGAGCGAAGAUGUUGUGUCGGUUUUGGGCGAGAGAGUGUUCUGUCUGCUAGAAGAGCAAAGGGGCUUCGCGAGGCUGAAGUUGGGAGAGAUUCUGAUUGGAGGGAUCAAUGCUCCGGCGUGUGUCCACAGAUGCGGAUGGACAAGCAAAUACGCAUUUGCCUACAUGAAACUACUCGAGACACAUAAUCUUUGGCCGACUGCCUUGUCUGUCGUGGGCGAGGCAAUAGAGCGAGCACAUAGGAUGCCGCAUCCAGUCCCAGAAGAAUCCAGUGCUGAAUGCAGAUUCGGGUACAAGCAUUGUGCGCCUGAAUAUCGAGAUUUCAUUCGUUAUGGUUUAGAUGAUUUGACGAGUCGCAUCGGGAUCUGUCUACACUGUUUUCAUUCUAACCGAGUGGGUCCAGGAUUUUGCCAGAUGGCACAUGGAUAUCAGUAUCUAUCCGACCAAUAG